AGUCACACUUCAUUUACCAAGCUGUUCGCGUCAAAAUGUUCUUCAAAACUUCGACUCUCCUGCUGGCCCUCGUCGCCUUGGCCGCCGCAGCGCCCAUCUCCGGGAUCGCUCCAUCAGCUAGCCUCAUCGACUUCAUGAUGCAUGCGCAGAGUCUGCGAACGGCCACCACCCUCAACAUGAACUGCUUCGACUGGUACCUGCCCAUCCUGAAGGGACACUCUGACCAGUACGAGGAAGAUUACAAGGUCUGCGUCGAAAAGUUCAAUGCCGCCAAAUGGCUGAUCGACAGCAAUUAUGGCAUCGCCCGUAAUGGAAUCACCUCAAAUGCCAAGGAGACCUGCGACGCCCUGAUGCGUUGCGAGUACGAGAAGGAAAACACAAAGGCCUUCGAGUGCUAUUCCAAGACCGCUCCCGAGUAUUCUGUUAUUCUGAAUACCAUCGGCAAUAACGCGACUGACCUCAACAAACAGCUCAUCGGAGAGCUAGCUCUCAUUGACUUCGAUCUCGAUUUCUGCCAAACUACGGCCGAGAGGGUAUACAAGGAGGACUCUGCCGCCAGCUUUGAGGAGUUGAAUGCCUGCUUGGAGGACGGUAACUGGUCCCAACCCACCACCACUGUGUCCAAUUGAAGAAGUGUUGGCGAUAGCUUCAUAAAAAAGAGCC